GCGCCGAGCGCAGAGUGCGGGGGAGGCUGCGCGGGAGCCCUGGCUGGAGUGGGCCCUAGGCGGAUGUGAACUGAGCGGACCAAGAUGGCGGUACAGGUGGUGCAGGCGGUACAGGCAGUUCAUCUCGAGUCUGAUGCUUUUCUAGUGUGUCUCAACCACGCUCUGAGCACAGAAAAGGAGGAGGUGAUGGGUCUAUGUAUAGGGGAGUUGAAUGAUGACACAAGGAGUGACUACAAAUUUCUAUGUACUGGAACUGAAACACGCACAGUUGCUGAAAAGGUUGACACCGUCCGAAUUGUACAUAUUCAUUCUGUCAUCAUCUUACGACGUUCUGAUAAGAGGAAGGAUCGAGUAGAAAUUUCUCCAGAGCAGCUGUCUGCAGCCUCAACAGAGGCGGAGAGGUUAGCUGAACUAACAGGUCGCCCCAUGAGAGUUGUGGGCUGGUAUCAUUCCCAUCCUCAUAUAACCGUUUGGCCUUCACAUGUUGAUGUUCGUACACAAGCCAUGUACCAGAUGAUGGAUCAAGGCUUUGUAGGACUUAUUUUUUCCUGUUUCAUAGAGGAUAAAAACACAAAGACUGGUCGGGUACUUUAUACCUGCUUCCAAUCCAUACAGGCCCAAAAGAGUUCAGAGUAUGAGAGAAUUGAAAUCCCAAUCCAUAUUGUACCUCAUGUCACCAUUGGGAAAGUGUGCCUCGAAUCAGCAGUAGAGCUGCCCAAGAUCCUGUGCCAGGAAGAGCAGGAUGCAUAUAGAAGGAUUCACAGUCUUACACAUCUGGACUCAGUAACCAAGAUACAUAAUGGCUCAGUGUUCACCAAGAAUCUGUGUAGUCAGAUGUCAGCAGUCAGUGGACCUCUCCUGCAAUGGUUGGAGGACAGACUGGAACAAAAUCAACAGCAUUUACAGGAGUUGCAACAAGAAAAGGAAAAGCUUAUGGAAGAACUUUCUUCCCUAGAAUAAAGUAGAAGACAAAAAUGGGGGAAGGUGAAAAUACCCAGAGAACAAUUACACUUUAAAAAAAGCUAAAUUGAUUUUGAUGAACCAAAAAUUAGAGUGCUCACAUUACUCCACUUCAAGACUUAAUGUGAAGCUCCAGUAAAUCUGGACAGUAUGAUUCUGGCAGAGGAGUAGACACAUGGAUCAAUGGAACAGAAGAGAGAACACAAAUAAGUCUGAUUAAGUACAAAAGUGGUUCGUUCAAUGGAGAAAGGACAAACUUUUCAACAAGUCAUGCUAAAGUAAUAAGUACCUAAAAGCAAAAAGAGAACUUCAACCUAAACCUAGUAUCUUCUAUAAAAGUUACCUCAAAAUGUAUUAUGGAUUUAAAUGUAAAAUGUAAAACUAUAAAAGUUUUAGAAAAAUGCCAUAGGAUAAAAAUCCUUAGGAAAUAAAUUCUUAGACUUCAAGUCAAAAGCACAAUACAUAAAGAAAGAAAAAAGUUGUAACGUUGUAUUUCAUCAAAAUAAGAACAAGCUACAAAUAGAAAAAAAUGUUAAUAUUUAAUCAAUGUGGGAAACACUGUGUUCAAGCCUCAAAGAUAAAAAUAUCUAAAAAGUGAGUGAAAAACCUGAGUAGCUAUUUCACCAAAAUGUGUGAUAUAUAAGUCAUGACGUGAAAAAAUUUCAUGAGUAUAGGAAAUGCAGAUUAAUGCCACAGUGAAGGUACUUGUGCUUGUCAGAAUGGCUGAAGAAAAAUAGGGAAACUACCACACAUUAUUGAGAAUACAAACUAAUUGGUUUUUUAAUCAAUGACAGGAAUGUAAAAUGGUAUAGCCACACUGGAGAAAACUCUGGAAAUUUCUUUUGAAGCUAAACAUAGACAUUACCUGUGACUCAGCAGUUGCACUCCUGGACAUUUAUACCAGAGAAAUGGAAACUGGUAUUGUCACAAAAGUUUUCAAAGCCGCUUUAUUUGUAUUAACCAGAAAUCAAAAACAACCCAGAUAUCCUACAAUAGAUAAGUGAUUAAACAAAUCUCUACUAAUGAAUACUGCUUUUAAUGGAAAAAAACACAAGGCUACUAACCACAUUGAAUUUAUAUGAAAAAGCUAAUCUCAAUAGGUCACAUACUGUGUGAUUGCACACAUUACUGAAAUGUCAAAAUUACAGGAAUGAAGACCAGAUUAGUGGUUUCCAAGGAUAGGACUGAAUGAGGUAUGGCAUAUGUAUAACUAUAUAGGAAUACACAAGAAGUUCCUUUGUGGUGAUGGAAGUUUUGUAUGUUGAUUGUAGUGUUGUGUGUGAAUCUGUACCUGUGUUAAAGUUGUAUAAAUCUAUAUAUACACAAAUGCAUGUAAAGUUUGGUGACCAUAGAGUCUAUAAUCUGCUUAGUUAUAUACCAUGUACUAUUUUUGCAACAUUCAAUUACUACAAAAUAAAAACUUGGAAAUUUUAACAAAGAAAAUGGGAGCUUGA